GGUACCAUUUGGCCGUGGAUACACGGCCGAAGACAUUUACGUUAUAUAUUCAAUUUAUUUUAUUGCCGGGAAUAAUAAGCCACCAUGAGCGGCAAUAAGCAGGACCUGCUGCUGUUCUUCGACCGGCCCACGGAGCCCUGCUUCAUGCAGAAGGGCGACGACAAUGCCGUCUUCCAGCUGCCUGAUAACUAUUACCCGGACAAAUACAAAGACUCCUCCGCCCAGCUGGAGAGCAAGUUCGGCGCAGGGUCCAAGCGCUCGAUCCCCGUCCGGAACAUCGCGCUGCCGGACCUCUCGCUGCCCAUGCAGCUGCCCUACAACGAGCAGUUCUCGCUGUUCGUGCCCGCGCACCGCCAGCUCGCCGGGAAACUCAUCGACAUCUUCAUGAACAUGCGGAAUAUAACCGACUUGCAGUCUGUGUGCGCUUACUGUCAGCUGCGCAUCAACCCGUACAUGUUCAACUACUGCCUCUCCGUCGCUAUUUUGCACAGGCCGGACACCAAGGGUCUUAACAUCCCCACGUUCGCGGAGACGUUCCCGGACAAGUUCGUGGACCCCAAGGUGUUCCGCAAGGCGCGGGAGACCACCGCCGUCGUUCCUGAAGGCUCCAGGAUGCCAGUAGUCAUCCCCCAAAACUACACGGCGGCUGACGCUGAACCGGAGCAGCGCGUGGCGUACUUCCGCGAGGACAUCGGCAUCAACCUGCACCACUGGCACUGGCACCUUGUCUACCCCUUCGAAGCUGCUGACAGAAGCAUCGUCGACAAGGACAGAAGAGGAGAACUGCUGUAUUACAUGCAUCAGCAAAUCAUCGCUAGAUACGACAUCGAGCGCCUCUGCAACAACUUGCCGAGGGUGACGCGCUACAACGACUUCCGGGCCCCCAUCGCAGAAGGAUACUUCCCCAAACUGGACUCUCAGGUUGCUUCUCGGGCUUGGCCUCCCAGAUUUGCGAACAGCGUCGUUCAAGAUCUGGACCGCCCGGUGGAUGAGAUCCGUGUCGACAUAACCACACUGGAGGCCUGGCGGGACCGCAUAGUUCAGGCAAUCGAGGAAGGCGCUAUAGACCUGCCAAGUGGCCGGAAGCUGCCUCUAGACGAGAAUACCGGCAUCGACGUCCUCGGCAACCUGAUGGAGGCGACCACCAUCAGCCUCAACCCUGCCAAGUACGGGGACUUCCACAACAUGGGCCAUGUCGUCAUCUCCUACGCCCACGAUCCUGACCACAGGCAUCUUGAACAAUUCGGCGUGAUGGGAGAUUCUUCAACGGCCAUGAGAGACCCCGUGUUCUACCGCUGGCACGCCUACGUCGAUGACGUCUUCAAUCUGCACAAAUCCAAGCUGCCAACAUACACCCCUCAGCAGCUGGACUUCCCAUCCAUCCGCGUCUCUUCCAUCAGCGUCCAAGGCCGUGCUGGAGCCAACACCUUCGCCACCCAGUGGGAACAGAGCACCGUGGAAUUGUCCCGAGGACUUGACUUCCAGCCGCGAGGCAGCAUGCCAGCUCGCUUCACGCAUCUGCAGCAUGAGGACUACACGUACAAUAUCGAAGUGAACAACAACAGCGGCCAGUCUAUGAUGGGCACAGUUCGCAUCUUCAUGGCUCCUGUCGGGGACGAGAGAGGACAGCCUCUGCCAUUUGAAGACCAGAGGCGCAUGAUGAUCGAACUGGACAAGUUCUCUACGCCAUUGCGCCCUGGCGAUAACAUGAUCAAACGCAGCAGCAAAGACUCUUCGGUCACCAUCCCCUACGAGCGCACCUUCCGCAGUCAGGAACCUCGCCGCGGCGAGCCAGGCACCGCCGAAGCUGCAGAGUUUGACUUCUGCGGCUGCGGCUGGCCACACCACAUGCUUCUCCCGAAGGGCACCACUCAGGGCUACCCGUGCGUGCUGUUCGUGCAGAUCACCAACUGGAACGAGGACAGGGUGGAACAAGACACAGCAGGCGCCUGCAACGACGCGGCGUCGUACUGCGGCAUCCGCGACCGCAAGUACCCAGACAAGCGCGCCAUGGGCUUCCCCUUCGACCGCCCCAACCCUGCGCGCUCCCUCUCCGACUUCCUGCAGCCCAACAUGGCGGUGCAGCAGUGUACUAUCCGGUUCACGGAUGCUACGAGGAUCAGGCCUCAGAAUUAGACUUUAAGAAGUCUGGUAGAAGGAAGGGAACCAAGGUUCAUGUGACGAAGAUUCAAGAAUUCUGAACUAAGAAGACCCAAGAAUACCCAAGAUUUCUGUUUUAGAUACCGUCAUAAGAUUAGAACUUUCUGAUUUGUAUGUACUUUUCUUAGACACAGUCAGGAACUGCUCUUUAGAUUUUCUGUAAGUGUAGUGUGGGCGUAGGCGUAGCAAAAGAGUUAGAAGCGACAAAGGAGCAUUUAGGUCUAACCUGGCGGUUUUCUGUAUGUACCUAACAUUUACCUUGGUUCUGCACAACAAUCGACUACUUGUGCUUAACGAACAUUGGACUCCGGUUUAGAUUUAUUUCUUACGAACUUAUUAUUAUUGAUUUGUUUUAAAAUGUUAGAUGAGGUCUGGUAUAAAAACAAAGGUCACAGACUGAAAGUUUUUAGAAUGGUCGCGAACAAACUGUAGUGUUAGAAAAUGGUAUAUAGGUACCUAGUAUACCUACUUGUGUUUUUAAUUGCCACAUUUUUUCGUUUUAAUACGUGCUUUUUCACUCUGUGUACGAUAAACCAACUUUCCCUGUUAAAAAAACAGAGAAUAUUAAGCAAAAAGUUAAGUUAGUUAGUAUGUUUUUUACAAGUCAAUAAAAUUGAUUGAUAGUUUUUCUUACAUUUAUAGUCUAUAGUAGUUAGUUUUUAGCAAACGGGUUUAAUUAUAGCUAUUACAUAAGUAUAAACUGUAUAUAUUAGUUACAAAAACAAAACUAAAUAAAUCUAGUCUCUUACAAAA